UUUGGUUUCUAUAGAGACACUUCCUGUGGCAGAGAAAAGAGGUAGUGAGCUGGUGUUUCAGGAUGUGAGGGCCCGCAGGAGCAGAGCGAGCUCUCUCCACUGCCUGCCUGCCACCCCAGAGCUCUGAUCAGUGCUUCCACAAUCCCUGUGGUGGGUGGCCCCCCGUGGCGGGGACCUGAGAUCAGCAGCGGUAUGCCAGGGAAGCCCAAGCACUUGGGUGUCCCCAACGGGCGCAUGGUUCUGGCUGUCUCUGAUGGAGAACUGACCAGCACAGCGGGUUCCCAGGGCCAGAGUGAAGGCCGAGGCAGCUCCCUCAGCAUCCACAGCCUCCCCAGUGGUCCCAGCAGUCCCUUCUCCACUGACGAUCAGCCUGUGGCCAGCUGGGCCCUGUCCUUUGAGCGGCUGCUGCAAGACCCACUGGGCCUGGCUUACUUCACUGAGUUCCUGAAGAAAGAAUUCAGUGCAGAAAACGUAACUUUCUGGAAAGCCUGCGAGCGUUUCCAGCAGAUCCCAGCCAGUGACACCAAGCAGCUAUCUCAGGAGGCCCACAAUAUCUACCACGAGUUCCUGUCCAGCCAGGCGCUGAGCCCGGUGAACAUUGACCGACAGGCCUGGCUUAGUGAGGAGGUGCUGGCCCAGCCCCGGCCGGAUAUGUUUCGAGCACAGCAGCUUCAGAUCUUCAAUCUGAUGAAAUUCGACAGCUAUGCACGCUUCGUCAAAUCUCCGCUGUACCAAGAGUGCCUGCUGGCCGAGGCCGAGGGACGCCCCCUGCGGGAACCUGGCUCCUCGCGCCUCGGGAGCCCAGACACCUCGAGGAAGAAGCCGAAGCUGAAGCCCGGGAAAUCGCUGCCACUGGGUGUGGAGGAGUUGGGGCAGCUGCCACUUGCUGAGGGCCCUUGUGGCCGCCCUCUCCGCAAGUCCUUUCGUAGAGAGAUGACGGGUGGAGCCACGAACUCUGCCCUGCGACGAGAGUCUCAGGGGUCCUUGAAUUCUUCCGCUAGUCUGGACCUGGGCUUCCUUGCCUUUGUGAGCAGCAAAUCUGAGAGUCACCGAAAGAGCCUUGGAAGUGGAGAGGGUGAGAAUGAAAGCCGGCCAGGGAAGUACUGCUGCGUGUAUCUGCCUGAUGGCACAGCCUCCUUGGCCCUGGCUCGACCAGGCCUAACCAUCCGCGACAUGCUGGCAGGCAUCUGUGAGAAGAGAGGCCUCUCUCUACCUGACAUUAAGGUCUACCUGGUGGGCAAUGAACAGAAGGCCCUGGUCCUGGAUCAGGAUUGCACGGUGCUGGCAGACCAGGAAGUGCGACUGGAAAACAGGAUCACCUUCCAGCUGGAGUUAGCUAACCUGGAGCGAGUGGUGAGGAUUUCGGCUAAGCCUACCAAGCGUCUGCAGGAGGCGCUGCAGCCCAUCCUGGCAAAGCAUGGCCUGAACCUGGAACAGGUGGUCCUGCAUCGGCCAGGGGAGAAGCAGCAGCUGGAUUUGGAGAAGCUAGUGAGCUCAGUGGCCUCACAGACAUUGGUUUUGGACAUUCUUCCAGAUGCAAAGAUGAGUGAAGCCAGCAGAACAUCCCCCUGCCACAGCCAGGGAGGCCUGCCUAGAACCCAGGACAAGGACACUCAUCUUCCCCCAUUGCCCCCCAGUUUGAUGGUGGAAGAUGCCAGCAGCUGUAGUGGAAAACGUCAGACCUGUGACAUUGAAGGCCUGGUGGAGCUGCUGAACCGGGUGCAGAGCAGUGGGGCCCACGACCAGAGGGGACUUCUUCGCAAAGAGGACCUGGUACUUCCAGAAUUUCUGCAGCUUCCCUCCCAAAGGCCGGGUUCUCAGGAGGCUCCACCAUAGACUGGAUCCAUCACCCAGCCUAGGGAGGGCCCUUCAGACUCCACUGCCCACCCAGCCCUCUGACACCCCUGUAACAGUCCAGGCUGGCUGCAUGGUGCCUGGGCAGACCAAGCAUGCCGUGGGUCCACUCUGCAUGCCCUGUCUGUGCCCUGAUGUCCCUGGCCUCUUUUUGCUAUGGGCAGGCCCACAGAAGGAGCCAGGAAGGGGUGGAGGGGGAACUCAGGGGAGCCAUACUCCCAAACUGUGGCUACCUGUUCUUGUAGGUUCACCUACCCAUUCUUUGCAGCUAGGCCAUCAGGGAGAGGCCCGCCUAGGCUCUUGUCAUAAGCAUACUGAACACAAAGGGGUAACUUUGGCAGUGCCAGCCUCCUCAGCUUAUUCUGAGCUUUAGCAGGGGGCAGGAGGAGGGGCUGGCCCCUCCUUAAAGAGUUGAUAUGAGUAAAUCCUGGGCGUGCUGGUGGGCAACCCCUCCCUCCCUCCACAUAGACUCUACUGUACAUAUGGAUUUUAUGGUUGGCUUGGGGCAGCUGGGUUUGUCCUGAAUGUAUAUUGUUAUAUGAUAAUAAUAAUUAUUAUUAUUCAGCCA